AUGGCCCCGUUGGUGCGAGUCCGUGCCGGAGGGGCUACGAGAGGUCUGGCUGCCCCCGGGCCAGCAGAGGGGGUCCCGCCCGUCACCCUGACCUCACAAACGCUGGCUAUACUGGUCACACACGGUUCCGAACUCCAACAAACCCUGCGGACUUCACCGCGUUCGCCCCUGCUCGCCGAUAUUCUGCACAAGACCAUUCUCCACCCUCUGUGUGUAAAAUAUCCCCCGUCCACCAAGUACAGAAGAUGCUUUCUAACGGAACUCAUCAAAAAGCAUGAAUCCACAGCCGCUGAACCCCUGGACGAGCUGUAUGAUGCACUGGCAAGUAUUUUAAAUGAAGAAGAAACUAGUCACUGUUACAAAAACUACUUACUGCCCACGGGAGAAUGUGUCACCCUUUCCGAGAGCGUGGCAAUCAUCUCUGGAGGAACCACGGGGCUCGUCACCUGGGACGCUGCUCUCCAUCUCGCUGAAUGGGCAAUAGAGAACCCCGCGGUUUUCAGCCACAGGACAGUCUUGGAACUCGGAAGCGGGAUCGGCUUCGCUGGAAUUGCAAUCUGUAAAACCUGCAAUCCCCAGAGAUACGUAUUUAGUGACUGCCACCCCCGCGUUCUCAGGCAGCUGACAGAAAACAUCCGCUUGAACGGCUUUGUCUUGGAGCCUGAAACCACGCCUCGUAUCCAAGCGGAGUCCCGAGGCCAGGAGGCAGAAGCGAGGAAUUCCCCACAACCAGAACUGAUUGUUGCAGAACUUGACUGGGGCUCAGUUACGGAAAAACAACUGUCGGAUCUUCAGCCUGACGUCGUCAUCGCAGCAGAUGUGGUAUAUGAUCCAGAGAUCAUUUUAGCCCUCAUUGGUAUGCUACAAAAACUCUCCGCUUGCAGAGCAGACAGAAAACCUCCUGAGGCCUACAUUGCCUUCACAGUUCGUAAUCCAGGCACGUAUCACCUGUUCCGGGCUGAACUCGAUAAAGCUGGGAUCGGAUGGCAGAUUAUCCCAGCCCACAGCAACAGGAUUCUUCUCUAUGACGAGCAGCCAAACGUAAUGAUUCUACAGCUCUUCAUAUAG